GUUCUUCCACUACGUCCUUGGGUUUCCACUACGCUCUGACGUCACCGCAGCCGGUCACGUGACCGCAGGUCCCGUAUGCGCUUGUCUCCGGAACAAGAGCGCAGUGAGUGAGAGCACGAGAGGAUGGAGUGUACUGGAGAAACUUUGUCCAAGACAUAAAACAGCCGUAUAUCUCACGGGUCCGGCAUUGAGUAAAGAAGAAAGGACGCUUGUAUCAGUUUUAAAGCGGCUUGCUUUGGCUUGUGUGGUUCAUCUGCGGUGCGCGGAGCCGAAUGUUGCACAGAGGCGCAGGUUGUGCACACAGGCGCGGAUCGUAGAGAGAAGGGAGACGGGCUCGGCAGGUACACGCUUACCGUACACCGCAGGGGAUGUUAUCGGUACUUUCCUAUGGCAGGAUCGUGGCCAGGGCUGUCCUGGGCGGACUCUCGCAAACGGACGGCAGAGAUUAUAGCCUGAUCACGGCCAGCUGCGGCUUCGGGAAGGACUUUCGGAAGGGGAUCCUGAAGAAGGGCAUGUGCUACGGCGACGAUGCCUGCUUCAUAGCCCGGCACAAGUCUGCGGAUGUUUUGGGUGUUGCGGAUGGCGUCGGGGGCUGGAGGGAUUAUGGCGUGGACCCGUCGCAGUUCUCUGCCACCCUGAUGAGGACGUGCGAGCGGCUCGUGAAGGAGGGCCGCUUCACUCCCAGCAGCCCCGUGGGCAUCCUGACCUCCGGCUACUAUGAACUCCUGCAGAACAAAGUACCGCUGCUGGGGAGUAGCACAGCUUGCAUAGUCGUUCUGGAUCGUCGGAGUCACAGGAUACACACCUGUAAUCUGGGAGAUUCGGGCUUCUUGGUGGUUCGGGGUGGAGAGGUGGUCCAUCGGUCAGACGAGCAGCAACACUAUUUCAACACACCCUUCCAGCUGUCCAUAGCCCCGCCGGGGGCAGAGGGAGUGGUGUUGAGUGACAGUCCUGAGGCGGCAGAUAGCUCUUCCUUCGAUGUCCAAUUAGGGGACAUCAUUUUAACCGCUACUGACGGCCUCUUUGACAACAUGCCUGACUACAUGAUCCUGCAAGAGCUCAAGAAACUCAAGAACACCAACUAUGAUAGUAUCCAGCAGACUGCCCGCAGCAUCGCUGAACAGGCCCACGAGUUGGCCUAUGACCCCAACUACAUGUCCCCUUUCGCCCAGUUUGCCUGUGACAAUGGGUUGAAUGUAAGAGGGGGGAAGCCUGAUGACAUCACAGUGCUUCUGUCCAUCGUGGCAGAAUACACAGACUGAGGGCGCUCAUUGGAGCUUGCUCUUCUCUUACACCUGUGUCUUCCACCCCUCUCCUAUUGCACUGCUCCCCAUCUCACUUCUCCCAGCACCCCUUUCCAUUCUUCCAAUUCUCGAGUAGAUCUCCAGUCAACACAGGGAGGAGGAUAACAUGAACUCGCUGGUGUGGGUGGUGAUGCAAGCGGUACAAACAGUCCAAAAUUGAUGACCUCAUUUGUGUCCAAAAGGAUUUUGGGAAUCUUCAACCUGUGUUGUGAAUUUGAGUCAUUUUUAGUUUUCCAAGGGGCAAGGAGAUCCAUGCAUUACCCACAAAAAGUGGUUUCUAAUGGGAGAAGCUGUUGUAUUCACUCGUGUGGCAUGUGCAAAUGAAAAUCUGUUGUUAAAUGGUUGGUCGUCUAUGUCUUGAGAGAGAAGUUAAGAAUCUCUGAAGCCUCUGUGCUGGAGUGCCUCUGUGUUUUUGUGUGUACAUGUAUAAAGUGUCCCGUUUGGUUAAGCUGUAAUGGAAAGGUAGGUUUAAGUUCGGAAGGAGGCUUGGCUAGAUUUAAACCUGUUGGGAAAUGCAAGUGCUUUAGGAUGUGCUGGCUAGUUCUGUUCAGCCAGCAUAUCUACCUCUAGUUAGACAACCUUCAUCUACACCAUCACUUUGUGAGGUCUUGGAUGAUGGAUUGCAAGUUCAAAGGCAGGAAGGAGAUGGGUUGUAUGUACAGCUUGCAUUUGGUUAUAAAAGAUAGAAACUGAACUGCACAGAGAUCGUAGACCUUAGUCAGUGUAGUGCCAUAUUUAAGUUUUGACAGGAAUGAAACUGAGGCUGUGAGGAUUAGAAGUACAGUACGAUCAAUGGAUUGUACCUUUUAACAUCGAACCGAUUGUUCAGCUGACAAAAUGUUCUUCUGAAAUGUUACGUAGACAAAAACUAAAAACUUUUGAAAGUUGUGAUUUGGUGAAAAUUACAUGAUCUAGGACCUAUAUACAGUUCGUAAAGACUGUAAGUAUAUCCCUCACAUCCUUAUUUUCAAUAUGGCGUCAAACCUGACUAUGGUCUGUACCAGAGAAUGUCACAGUCCACUGAUAGACAGAUUCAUUCGCCCACGGAGAUGGUGGAUGUUGACUGAAUGCGUGUUGGAUGUAUAUUUACAUGACUUCACCUCUCGACCCUUGAGUUUGAAAGUCUACACGCACAAAUGGCUAGCAUCUGGCAAUGCUUUUCAUGAAUUGAAAGGUCAGGUAAAUAAAUAAAUGUUUUAUUUUUAUAAAUAUUUAGCUUUUAGUGGACAAGAUUCAACAGAAUGCAGAAGUCAGGGAACGCUGGCCUUUACGGAUCGACCGUAAAGCCUUUCGGCGUUUUCUGUGCUCCCUAGCGAGGCUUGGGUUAUUUUUUUAAUUGACUGAAGGGUAUCUAAUGCUUUUUUUUUUUUUUUUCCUGUGUCACUCUAGAUUGGUUCUAGAGAACUUUUUCACAUUCAUGUGCUGCUUUAAUUUUGUAAAUUAUAAAUGUGUGAGUGACUACAUUAUUUAUAUGAAUGUUUUUACCUGUACAAUAAAAAAAAUGGGUGAGUUAAUGGCGAUUUUAUUUCCCGAAAGCGACAAUUCAUGCAGACCGUUGAGUAUGAUUGGCUUGCAGUCUUUGGAUAAAAUGGAACACUGAUUCUAUGAGAAGCAUUAACUAUACAUAAUUGUUAUAUUUUUGGCCAAUUUAUUGAGAUUGGCAAACCAUAAAGCAAUACAGAUUUUUUUAAAUAUCUUUUUAGUUUUGUUUCUCCUGUGAAAUAUUGUGCAUGCCCAGGAUGGCAAACCUCAGUCAAGUAUGUGAAAAAAAUUAUUGAUUUAUGUAUAGCCCACGAGUAAAUAUUCCUUUAAGCUUUCAUAUUUGAAAUCGUAUAUAACUAAACAUGGAACUCAAUGUUUUGUGAGGUUUGCCAUCCUGAUGUCCCACAAAGGCAUGGCUCUUCACCUACAGAUAGAGAGGACUAUAAUGAAGUCCUCAGUUGUGCCUGCUACACAAUUCGACGAGAACUGUGAUCUCUUAUUAUGUGUAACGUCUUGUGGGUUGUGGUUAUGUUAAAAUCAACAUCUCGAUCCACAUUGUGUAAUCAGUAAAGAAAACCAAAGCAGGAAAGCCAUAGGACCAGCAUGACCCAAUGUCUCACUGUCACCUAAAAGACCGCAGUUGAAUCGUUAAAUGUUAAGAGUAUCUGCCGGAAUUACCAUAGUGUCCCAAAUCUGCUUUUCUUUCUAGAUAAAUGAAAUGGAAAUCAACUAAACAGUCAUUCAUAUGUAAUGGUUAUUCAGUUGUGUACUUGUCAAUUACAAAAUGUGUGCUCUAGGUCGAAAAUGUUUUAGCUGUCUUUUUAUUUUAGUCAAAGGUGAUGUGUGUGAUAUCAGCGCCUCUAGAGGCAGCAAACGGAAUUGCAAUUUAUGUAAAAUACUUUUUUUUAACAACUCAACCAAUGGCAAGAGUUUAAGGUGGAGCUAACAGUUUGCUGGAGUAAUGACAGUUAAAAAAAACAAGUGUAACGUCAUAUAAAUUGUGUAUUGGUCAGUCUGUGUCCGAAUAUAGCCAAGAGGCAAAUUUUCGAGUUUGUCUUCUCUUUAUAUGCACUACUUAUAAGCUACUCUUAAUUACUCUUAAUACUCUUAAAGAAGGUAUUUUGGUAUUGCAACCUAUGCACUAUAACACUGGAUAUUGACUGUUUGAACAAACUGUCAGAUUUUCUUCCACAUUAAAUGAAAAAAAUCUGUCCUAGAGAUAGAAUUUGAAAAACAAACCAAUUAGUGUGCAGCUGAAGAAAACAUUAUUUUUGCAAUUCUGUUUGGUGUCUCUGGCGGUGCGUAAAAUGUCACGUUUCGCCAUUAGUGAGUGUCAUUGCAUGAGACGGUGUUGUGACUGAACUUUUUGUGUCUGGAGUUUUGCCACUUUGUUUGCCACACACAACACACAUUUUUCUGAAUUCUCUUGUUAUGGCUUGUCCAAAACCGUCAGAUGUGCUUUUAUCAAUUCUAGUGCAAUUUUCCUACAUCAUAAUUUCAAAACAGGAAAGUUGCCUCCUUGAGUUGGGCGGAUAGUGACUGAACGCCACUCAGAUCUGUGUCUGUUUCACUGUGAGUGAACCAGGAGUGGAUCCAUCAUACAAAUCAACAUGCCAUUUGCGCCUUAAAAUCUCAUACUGUCCCAUCCAGAGGCCUUUGUGUGGCAAAGCAUGCAUGUCUCGUCUGGGUGUCGCUUACAGUAGUGUCCUCGAUUUUGGUUGUAUCAUCUGUCCUUCUCUCAUUUGAUGGUUACUAUGGUGCUUCUGCAGUCAAGAUGAGUCUCUCAGUCUCUGAAGCAGACAAUGUGCGAAUGAGAACUACACUUUUUGUGUGUACAGUGUAACAAUGCAAGAAAAGUUCCUGUAAAUAUGUUUUCCAAGUUGUAAAAUAUUUAAAUAAAAAAUAUAGUAUUUAUACUAAAAUACGA